CAGUGAUGUAGAGAUGUGUGUAGAGCCACGGCUGGUGGGUGAGACGAAAACCCAUUUGCCGAGGCGCACGUAUUCAAUCCUCUCCUCGAGUUUAUGUAAAUACUCUACAAACGACCGUGGAGGCAUAUUUCUCUCUAGCCGCACCACGAACACGACACAACUUCAACUACAUCUACAUCUACUUAGAAAGAUAAAACGCAAAUUCGCACCUUGAGCCAAUGAAGGGUGAAGGUGAUGUAAAUACUGCGAGGAAAGAUGAGGAUACUGAUGGAUCUGGUGAGAAACUCUUGGAUUUUAACAGCACCGAAGAGCAGCUAACAGAGUCGGCAGAGGACAGCAUGUGGCGAAAUGAAAAGUAUGAAUCUGUCCCCUUGGAUGUGAAGGGGAUUGAUGAGGACAAUUCAAAAGGCACUAGUGUUUCUGGAUACCCUCAGCAUGGCUCUGCUCUCCGGAACACUCGAAAGAUCGAUGAGGGACCAAGGCACUCGAAACAAGAGCCGUACUUCCAGGAUGGCCAGAGGCGUAUAGAUUACGUCCUCACCUACCAGGUCCAGAAGCCCCAGAGCACUCACAGGCAAUCAUCCCACUCAUGCGGCAGGGGCCUGAGAGAAAGCAUGGGCCGCAGAUUCAGACGUGAGCGGGCCAACCCAUCAGCUCAAGAGGACCCUGAACUCGCAGCCCAAGAGCAGAGGCUUGAUUACCAUGAAGAUGACCAGCGGCUCCGCAGGGAGGAGUUUGAGGAGAAUCUGCGAGAUAUGGGACUUGAGAUGGAGAAAGAAGAAGGGUUUAAAAUUUCAGGUGUGGGUUUUUUGAAGAUCCAUGCACCUUGGGAAGUCCUUUGUCGAGAGGCAGAGUUUAUGAAGCUCAAGAUGCCAACAAUAAAGAAAUACGAAGUAAGUCAGGGAAGCAACAUUGUGGAGAAGAUCAACAUGUUUAUGCACAAAGUCACUGCACCAUUGCAGCCUAAAGUGGGGGAGAAUCGAAUGGAAAAUGAGAAACAUCUCUCCUAUCCAUUCUCACGGGAAAAACAACAUCUCUUUGAUAUAUCAGACAGAAGUUCCUUCUUUGACAGCAAAACCAGGAGUUCAAUAGUAUAUGAGAUUUUAAAAAGAACAAAGUGCACACGGGCGAAGUAUAUAAUGGGUCUCAGCAGUCUACUUGCUAAUGGUAUCUACACUGCUGCCUACCCCCUGCAUGAUGGUGAUAUCGAUGAUGUGCAUGCUGAACCAAAUGACAGAAAGCUCUUGUAUGAGGAGUGGGCGAGUUACAGCAUAUUCUACAAGUACCAGCCCAUUGGACUGAUAAGGAAGUACUUUGGUGAGAAAGUGGGCUUGUACUUUGCUUGGCUGGGUGUGUACACACAGAUGCUAAUCCCUGCAGCGGUCGUGGGCGUCAUUGUGUUCUUAUACGGCUGUGCCACUGUGGACGACAACAUCCCCAGCAUGGAGAUCUGUGACGAGAGAAAUAACAUCACCAUGUGCCCACUGUGUGACCGAGCCUGCAGUUACUGGAAGCUGGUGACCGCCUGCGGCACGGCGAGGGCCAGCCACCUGUUCGACAAUGCUGCCACUGUCUUCUUUGCCAUCUUUAUGGCGCUAUGGGCCACCAUGUUCAUGGAGCACUGGAAGAGAAGACAGAUGAGACUCAAUUACGUUUGGGAUCUGACCGGCUUCGAAGACGGAGAGAGUCAUCCCAGAGCAGAGUACGAGUUUCGUGUCAUGAAGAAGACCAGGAAGAAAGUGCAGUCCACACAGGGGAAACAUAAGACAGGAAAAGAGAAGCUGACAUGCACUGACAGAAUGCCAGCAUAUAUGACCAUUAUCAUCAUGAUGAUUUUUCUGAUCUGUGUGACGUUGGCCAUCGUGUUUGGCGUGGUGCUUUACAGGAUCUCCAUCAAGACUGCCCUGCACAUGAGCUCAACGUCCUCGUUCCGUUCGAAUGUACGGGCCACCGUUAAAACCACUGCGGCUGUCAUCAAUCUCAUCAUUAUCAUCAUCAUGGAUGAGAUCUACGGAGCAAUCGCACGCUGGCUCACCGUUCUCGAGGUGCCAAAAACAGACAAAAGUUUCGAGGAGAGGCUGAUCUUCAAGACGUUCAUCCUAAAGUUUGCAAACGCAUUUACCCCCAUUGUGUACCUGGCAUUCUUCAGAGGCCGGCUCAUUGGACGUCCAGGUAACUACAUAUACGUCAUGGGGUCAUACCGGAUGGAAGAGUGUGCCCAUGCCGGCUGUCUGAUGGAACUGUGUAUUCAGCUCUGUAUCACCAUGCUUGGCAAGCAGCUCAUCCAGAACAACCUGUUUGAGAUUGGCAUACCGAAACUGAAGAAACUGCUCCGGCAACGCAAGAUGGAUUCAAAGCAGCAGGAAGAGUUUAACAAAACGCUUCAUCGCCACGAGAAGGACCACUUCCUUGGGCCCUUUGUGGGACUCAACCCAGAGUACAUGGAAAUGAUCAUCCAGUUUGGGAUGGUGACCUUGUUUGUGGCCUCCUUUCCUCUGGCUCCCCUCUUCGCUCUUCUCAACAACGUCAUUGAGAUCCGUCUCGAUGCCAAAAAGUUUGUCACAGAGCUGAGACGGCCUAUCGCAGUGAGAGCAAAAGACAUUGGAAUCUGGUACACCCUUCUGAGAGGACUAAGUAAAGUGGCAGUCAUUGUUAAUGCUUUCGUGAUCUCAUUCACUUCUGACCUCAUCCCACGGCUGGUCUAUCAGUACAUGUACAGUCCAGACGGGACUCUUCAUGGCUUUGUCAACCACACCCUCUCAUACUUCAAUGUUAGUCACUUUCAGCCGGGCACAGAACCGCUUGAGCCUUUGCACCUGGGAUACAAAGUGGAAAUUUGCAGAUAUAAAGAUUACAGGGAUCCUCCGUGGUCUGACACACCAUACGAAUUCUCCAGAGAGUUCUGGGCCAUUCUGGCUGCCCGGCUAGCUUUUGUCAUUGUCUUUCAGAAUGUUGUAAUGCUGAUGAGUGACUUUGUGGAUUGGCUGAUCCCAGACAUUCCCAAAGACAUUAGCCUCCAGAUACACAAGGAGAGGAACCUCAUCGUUGAGCUUUUCAUGAAGGAGGAACAGGGAAGGAAGUACAGGAAUACUCUGAGUGAACAAAGCCCAACGCAACUUCGGUCUCGCCCCAGCUCGCAAGCAUAGCCCAUCUUCACUCACUUAUCCCAGUGCUGAGAGGGAAUCACUUAUACUGCCCAUCCCAGAGGCUGCUGUUAACUCAAUACAGCUCUGUUGACCCGCUUAAAUGCCGACUGACAACAUGGAAAGGCUGUAGAAAACUUGGGCUGAGAGGACGACGGCACUUAGGACCGAAUAUUUUACAAGAAAUGUACGUGACUGCAAUCUCACUUGCACACCAGAAAGAAGUUGCGACAAGAAAAAGAAAAUUGUUUUUCUUUAUUAUGUCAGUUAUUAAAUCAAACACAGGAUUUUUUUUUCUCUAUUAGCUACAUAUAAUAUCUGCAGGUGGGUUUAUUUGGAUAUUGGGCUCUAGGGUGUGUAUUGUAGUUUUAAUGUUGACUGAAGAAUAUUGUACAAGUUUUUGUGAAGCAGCUCUGCUUUGGCAUUUAUGGAGAGAGCAUUUUAUUUAGAAAUACAGUGCUUUUAUAUGAAUUUUUAACAAAUGAAAAUGUAACGUUUAUGUUUAAGUGAUCAGUAGGAUAGGAUUGAUACCAACUCAAAGUUGUUUAAAGUGCUUUUUUAAUUAUUUACUAUUAGACAUUUCAUUCAGGAUCAUUCUGGUCGAGUGAAUUAGCAGUUAUUUAGAACAUGCUAUCUGUUUCCUUUUUUGGACACUAAGAAAUAUAUCAUAGUCAUCUUUUAUAUCAUAGUACUGACUGUGUCUAAAUAGCAUUUUGUUUUCUAUUCAAAACAGCUAAAGUAGACCCAUAAAACACUACAAAAUCUAAUAAAACAAAGUAACUACAAUCCUCACUUGGUCUUUUUUAGUUGUCUAGUCUUGUCUAGUACAUGUGGUGAUGUUUCAACUGAGGGACAUCGACUGAUCCCCAUGAUUUUGGAGCGUGCACAUAUGAAAUGCUUGUUUUUUUUAGGUUGUGCAUCUGAAAAUGCCAUGUGGUUGUGCUGGGAUAGGAUAUGCUGUAUAUAACAAUGCCGUGAAGUUCAAGAGGCCUUAAUAUUGAUGGAAAUGCACUACAUUUAUUAGUGUUGUAUCAUACAGACAGACUUAAUUGUGUCUCUUGAUUUUGGCCUACCUGUCUGAAUGUUUUCUCUCCCUUGUCUUGAUUCGUGACGUCCAACAAACUCUGAUUAAAUAAGAACAAAGACUGAAACAAAUGUUACAUUGGUAAGGUAUGUUGCAUGUGUCUUCCAUUCAAAGUAAGCUAAUUAUUUGUGUCUCUAAAAGCUUUUUAAGUAAAUUAUUCUAAUCCAAAUGUAAUAUACAGUGUCUUGAAAAUGAAUGAAUUAUUUUGUGUGUUUGUUUGGGCUUUGAACCUAAAUUACUACAGAAAAUGUAUUUCUUAAAUGCAAAAUUAACAUUUCUGAAAAAAUGUUAUCAUACAAAAGACACUACGGCUCUUCUUAUAUUCAGUGUGUACCAAAAAGGCCUUGAUUCCAUCUUCAUUACCAAUAUACAGUGUAAAUCCAUUUUGGGAAUGUUACAUAAUCCGUACUGUUUAUCUCUGUGAUGAAAAAGAGAAAGCUUUGUCUUUGUCAUAAAUGUAAAGUUGUCAUUAUAGAUUUUCAAUGUUUCAAACUGCUUACUGGGGUUAUGGCUGUAUUUUUGCUUUUGAAUUAUGUUUCUACAAUAAACAUGUCCUGUACAUUCCA